AUGCCAAAAGAGGAAAACACUGGUGGGAACGAAGGUUCUCGAGAAUCAGCAGAACCGAACGACUUGCAGAUGUUUCUGAGAAUCAAGAUGAACCAGAGGAGCUGAGUGCACAGACAAAACUUUAUGUGCCGACGCUCGAGAAGGAGUACAAACUCAAGAUUGAUAAGAUCCUCGGUACAUCCAUCUCCCGCCGAUACUUCCCCAUUGAAAAUAGUCCCCUUCAGGCAGUGGUUCUUAUUCGCGGGUCGCCCGUGCCACGUACGGAGACAAGAAGAUCGAGGUGGCUGCGAAGAUAAUCAACAUCACUCCGACUCGCGAGAAGGAUGAUUACAUCAAGAAGUUUCUGCCGCGAGAGAAGGAGAUCGUGAAACUUCUGAAGCAUGACAACAUAUGUCGCCUCCACGACAUGAUCACCUUCCCGGAUCACAUUGUAUUCGUGACGGAGUUCUGUGCCGGAGGAGACCUUCUUCGCAAGAUGAAGGACAUAAAAGUGAUGGGUGAGGAGGACGCCAAGUUCACGUUCAGACAGUUCAUCGCCGCGCUCACCGUAAUCCCCAAUCUUUCGCUCCCCCGUUCACCCCGAUCCCAUUCCAGCACCUCCAAUCCUACAAUAUCGUCCACCGUGAUCUGAAGUGCGAGAACAUCUUCCUGGACAAAUACGAGAAUGUGAAACUCGGUGACUUCGGCUUCGCGCGUAUUUUGAAAGCGGGCGAGAAGUCUGGAACCUUCUGCGGAUCCCGGGCUUACGUGGCUCCCGAGAUCCUCCGCGGAAGAGAAUAUUCGGGAAAUGCGGUGGACGUCUGGAGCACUGGCAUCAUCCUCUACAUCAUGCUCACCGGCUCGAUGCCCUUCGACGACCGUAACCCGCAGAAGAUGAUCGAGAGGCAGUUGGCGCACAGAGUCAAGUGGGAAAAAUACGCUCGUUCCCUUGCAAUCACUACUUUUUAGAUUCCCAAAAUCGUGCACGGCGUCGACUCACGCUAAGGCUCUCAUUCUGGAAAUUCUGCAGCCGCACGCUCCGAAUCGCCCAACGUACAAGUCGAUUUGCGAAUCGGAGUGGCUCCGAAACCAGCCGUAUUACAUGAGACCGAACGAGCCGCCGAAGAUGGGAGCAGAGAAGGUUUUGACCCCGAAGGUGCCAGUGAAGGACAGCAAAAGACAGCAUGCUUGA